AUGCAGGUCAACAAACGCUGGACUCGGGAAAGUUUAGACAACGCUUUCAAACAAGCUCAGGGCAAUCCUUCUACGGUGUUCCUUGACUCUUUCGGCCGAAAAGUUUUCUGCUUUGAAGAGAAAGUCAUAAAAUACGGCAGACCCGUGGAUAUCCAAGAAGCGCAGGUACUGUGCUUUAUUGAGAAAUCUGGCCUCGACAUACCUGUUCCCAAGGUCUAUGCAUUUGGUGUGUGUGAAAAUGUGGGGUUUAUCGAGAUGGAGAUGAUCGAGGGAGACACCUUACAGAACGUAUGGUACAGACUUUCGAAGGAUGAAAAGCUCAGCUAUGCACAACAAUUACGCGAAAUUGUGAAUCAGCUUCGUUCGCUCGAGGGAAGUUACAUUGGCUCAGUUGAACAACGUCCUGCAAUUGAUGCUCGUCGAAAUAGGAACCAGGGCGGCCCUUUCUUUAGCGAAGCGGAAUUCAAUGAAUUUUUGCUAAGCAACACUAUUUCUACCACACCAACGAUUUACCGCAAAAUGCUGGAAGACCUUCUCUCAACCACAACACACAAGAUCCUUUUCACACACGGAGACUUGAGCCCAACGAAUAUCAUAGUGAAGGAGGGCCGAAUUGUUGGCAUAAUUGACUGGGAGUACGCAGGCUGGUAUCCGGAAUACUGGGAAUUUGUUCAAUUUUUCAGAGCUUUGUACGCUGACUACCGUGACUAUGCCGAUGCGAUAUUCGAUACACGAUAUCCUGCUGAGCUUAUGACAGACCACUUUCUAGGCCAUUUGACGCGGCACUAG